AUCUGAAGGAAGUCUUAGGCUAUCAGUCAACGUUUUCCUUUUCAUAAAAUCAUAAAAUAAUCAUUUCCUUUGAAAUGCUAUCAUGAUUUGGCCAAUGAUAACGAUGCGAAUUCAUCAUUCAUACGGUGGUUUUCUCAUGCUAUCGAUCAUCAUCAUGGUACUAACCAUUGGUCAAGCUAUUCAAGAAUCAAAUUUUGAUUAUAACUAUAAGAGUAUUGGUGAUGAUAAUGAUAAUAAUGAUGAUGAUGGUGAUGGUAACAGUAUUGUUGAUAAUGAUGAUAAUCGUAACAUCGUUUCAUUUCAAUCUUAUGAAGAUUUGGACAAUACAAAUGAUAAGGCAUAUAUUUUACCGAUUUCAAAACCAAUUGGACAAGUGACAGGACUUGGAAUUGAUUCACAAGGAUAUCUUCUAGCUUUUCAUAGAGCUGAUCGUGUAUGGAAUCAAUGGUCAUUUGAUAAAUACAAUAAAUUUAAUACAAGUCUUGGUCCAAUAAAAAAUGCAACUAUUUAUAUAAUUGAUCCACAUUCUGGCUCAGUUAUGAAGGAAUUUGGCCAAGGUAUCUUUUACAUGCCACAUGGAUUAACUGUUGAUAGUGAUGAUAAUAUUUGGGUAACAGAUGUUGGAUUACAUCAGGUAUUAAAAUAUGAUAAAAAUUUCAAAUUAUUGUUGAAAAUGGGUGAACAUUUGAAACCAGGCUCUGAUAAUAAGCAUUUUUGUAAACCAACUGAUGUAGCGGUUGCCCGUAAUGGACAUUUCUUUGUGGCUGAUGGUUACUGUAAUAGUAGAAUCAUGAAAUUUGACGAAAAUGGCAAAUUUUUAGCAGAAUUUGGUCAUUCCAAUGGUUUAAGUGGAACAAUCGAUAACCAGUUUUUGUUACCCCAUUCAAUAGCUUUAAUCGAGGAUUUAAAUUUGAUAUGUGUGGCGGAUCGUGAAAAUGAACGGAUCCAAUGUUUUAGUGCUGGUAUCACCGAUGAUCAUCGAGCAUUACCAACCGGAAUGUUAAUUACCAAAGCGGAAAGUGUUGGUCGAAUUUAUGCGAUUCGUGAAAAAAGACAUUAUUUGGUGGGUGUAACGGAAUCAGAUGGUGAAGGUAUCGAACCACAAUUAUUUGUGAUGGAUAUGAAUAAUGGAAAAGCAAGUACAUUUGUGAGGGGAAUCGAAAAUGCUCAUUGCUUAACAAUUUCGGAUGAUGGUAUUGUUUAUGUUGGCCAAACUGGGCCCAAACAAAUUGUCCAAAUUUCACUACUUGAUCAGUAAUGAAUAUUGAAAUAUGAAUUCGAUAUUGAAUUUCAAAAAAAAAAAAGAAUUUUUCGGAUAAAAAUUUGCAUUUCUCCUUCUUUCAAUUAAUGAAUAUAUGAUAAAUGAAAAGGGC